GGUAAAGUCAAUCCUUUCUCUCUGCGUGUCAAAGUGGUUGACCGGUCUUUCUACUGUGUAUAACCUCGUAUCAACUCGAUCAUGAAGAUCACUUUAGUGCUGUUUCUGUCUGCGAUCGUCUGUGUGGCCAUUGCCGAACAUGCAGAACGCAGUGACAAGUUGGCUAAGAUAAAGGAAGCCGUGGCGAGAGGACACAGUUUGACACCAGAGCAGACUGCCAUUCUGGAACACCGCAAGAAGGAGCGUUUAACCGGUUCUGAACUUCGUAUCAAAUCUGCGAGCGAUGACCGCAAGGUUCUGGCGAAACAAAGAAUGGAAGAAAUGGCGAUGAUCAAGAAAUUGGAACUGUCGCCCGAGGAGAAAAAAGAAAAAAUGAGAAGAUUGCGUGAAGAUAAUAGGCGCACAAAAAAGCCAGUCCCAGUGGCUCGAUAAGGGUAGAAAUGCACGUGACCCUUCAGCCAAUAGCCUAAAUAACAUACUUUGCAUAGUGACCGCGGUGCUGUAUUAUUGAAUUAAUAUUUUGGUUGAUAAUAAAUAUUGCAAUGCACAAGUUUACGCUGCAAGUCGUGUACCAUUUCCUGGAAUAUUAGUUUUUAAUAAAUGGCUUACCACGUGUA